UAAUUUAGGAUUAUGUAAACCAGUUAAUUAUUUUCAAAAAUCUAAAGAAAAUGAUAUUUAUGGAGUUUUACCAUUUAUAGCACCUGAGAUUUUAAGAGGUCAACCUUAUUCUUUAGCUAGUGAUAUUUAUAGUUUUUCUAUGAUUAUGUGUGAAUUAUUAGUUGGAAGUACUCCAUUUAAUAAUGAAGCUCAUGAUUUUCAAUUAGCUUUAAGUAUUUGUAAAGGUAAACGUCCUAAAAUCAUAAAAAAUAUUCCACAAUGUUAUAUAAAUUUAAUGGAAUAUAGAUCCAUUAAAAAGACCAACUGCAUUAGAAAUUAA